UGCCCGCCUGCCCGCGAACUGAGCGCCAUGUCAGGCACCCCGAGCCGCGGCACCCCCGGCGGGACCCCGCUGUCGCCGACCCGCAUCUCCCGCCUGCAGGAGAAGGAGGAGCUGCGGCAGCUCAAUGACCGCCUGGCCGUUUACAUCGACCGUGUGCGGUCGCUGGAGCUGGAGAAUGACCGGCUGCUGCUCAAGAUCUCCGAGAAGGAGGAGGUCACUACCCGGGAGGUGAGUGGGAUCAAGAGUCUGUAUGAGUCUGAGCUGGCUGAUGCUCGAAGAGUUCUGGAUGAGACUGCCAAGGAGAGGGCCAGGCUACAGAUUGAAAUAGGCAAACUGGGAGCAGAGCUUGAGGAGUUCAACAAGAGCUAUAAGAAGAAAGAUGCAGACCUGUCGGUGGCUCAGGGCCGCAUCAAGGACCUGGAGGUGCUGUUCCACCGCAGCGAGGCUGAGCUCAACACCGUCCUGAAUGAGAAGCGCAGCCUGGAAGCGGAGGUGGCCGAUCUGCGCGCCCAGCUCGCCAAGGCUGAAGAUGGUCAUGCUGUGGCUAAGAAGCAGCUGGAGAAGGAGACACUCAUGCGUGUGGACCUGGAGAACCGGUGCCAGAGCUUGCAAGAGGAUCUGGAUUUCAGGAAGAAUGUCUUUGAGGAGGAGAUCAGGGAGACCAGGAAGCGCCACGAGCACCGUUUGAUUGAGGUGGACACCAGCCGCCAGCAGGAGUAUGAGUCCAAGAUGACCCAGGCCCUGGAGGACCUGAGGAACCAACAUGAUGAGCAAGUCAAGCUCUACAAAAUGGAGCUGGAGCAGACCUACCAGGCUAAGCUGGAGAAUGCCAAACUGUCCUCUGACCAGAAUGACAAAGCUGCCGGCGCAGCUCGCGAGGAGCUGAAGGAGGCUCGCAUGAGGAUAGAGACCCUGACCUACCAGCUCUCCAGCCUGCAGAAACAGGCCAGUGCAGCAGAAGAUCGCAUCCGGGAGCUGGAGGAGAUGAUGGCUGGGGAGAGGGAGAAGUUCAGGAAGAUGCUAGAUGCAAAGGAGAGGGAGAUGACAGACAUGAGGGACCAGAUGCAACUGCAGCUUACAGAGUACCAGGAGCUGCUGGAUGUCAAGCUGGCACUGGACAUGGAGAUCAGUGCUUACAGGAAACUCCUGGAAGGGGAAGAGGAAAGGUUGAAGCUGUCUCCAAGCCCCUCCUCUCGUGUCACCGUGUCCCGGGCUACCUCCAGCAGCAGCAGCAGCAGCACCUCCCUCAUCCGCUCCUCCCGCGGCAAGCGGAAACGCCUGGAGGCGGAGGAGCUGUCGGGCACCAGCGGCAUCGGCACCGGCAGCAUCAGUGGCAGCAGCAGCAGCAGCUUCCAGAUGUCCCAGCAAGCUUCAGCUACAGGAAGUAUCAGCAUAGAGGAGAUAGACCUGGAGGGCAAAUAUGUUCAGCUGAAGAACAACUCUGAGAAGGAUCAGUCUUUGGGUAACUGGAGACUGAAAAGACAAAUUGGAGAUGGAGAAGAAAUUGCUUACAAAUUUACUCCCAAGUAUGUCCUCAGAGCUGGGCAGACUGUAACAAUCUGGGGUGCAGAUGCAGGAGUAUCUCACAGCCCCCCUUCUGUGCUGGUGUGGAAGAACCAAGGCAGCUGGGGCACUGGAGGCAACAUCCGCACAUACCUCGUGAACUCGGAGGGAGAGGAGGUCGCAGUGAGGAACGUUACCAAGUCAGUCGUCGUGCGAGAGAACGAAGAGGAAGAGGAUGAGGCAGAGUUUGGAGAAGAUGACCUUUUCAACCAACAGGGGGAUCCCAGAACAACCUCUAGAGGAUGCUCAGUGAUGUGA